CCGGACUCCCAGAAUGCAUUUUGUAUCAACACGGCGGCGGGCGGUUUCGGGAGGUCUGGGCGGCUGGCAGACUGGCACGCUGCGCGAGGGCUAUCAGGCGGGCCCGGCGUUGAAGAGCGAUUGAAGCCAUGGCGGAGUCGGCGCCUACUCGGCACAGGAGAAAGCGGCGUUCUACACCCUUGACCUCUUCCACACCACAUUCACAAACCACAGAGAAAAGCCCUUAUUUCCAAACCACAGAGAUCUCUCUGUGGACGGUGGUGGCUGCUCUUCAGGCUGUGGAGAAGAAGAUGGAGUCCCAGGCCGCUCAGCUGCAGAGCCUGGAGGGCCGUGCAGGGACGGCCGAGAAGAAGCUGGCUGACUGUGAGAAGACUGCUCUGGAGCUUGGCAACCAGCUGGAGGGCAAGUGGGCCGUGCUGGGGACCCUGCUGCAGGAGUACGGGCUGCUGCAGCAGCGGCUGGAGAACGUGGAGAACCUGCUGCGCAACCAGAACUUCUGGAUCCUGAGGCUGCCCCCGGGCAGCAAGUGCGAGGCCCCUAAGGUAUCCAGGGCUCUUGAGAACGAUGGUGUCUGCUUCUCCGAGCAGGAGUGGGAGAACCUGGCGGACUGGCAGAAGGAGCUCUACAGGAACGUCAUGCAGAGCAACUAUGAGGCUCUGGUCUCCCUGAAGGUCCUUGGCCAGCCAGAAGGAGAAGCGGAGCUGGGUGCAGAGAUGCUGGGUGACUUGGAGGAGGAGGGCCUUGUUGGUACCCACCCUGCAGAUGGAACCAUGCUCAGACCGGAGGUGCCGAGCCAGCCAGAGGGCUGCAUGUUCCCGGGUGCGGCUGAGGAGCCAGAUUUCCUGGGCCCGGUGCAGACUGAGCUCUGGGAUGGGCAGGGCAGUUCUGCCCCCUUGGAACAAGCUCCCCGGGACUCUAACCUGGAGGAGCCCCUGGAGGGCAGUAGAAACCCUGCAACUGGCAGAACUCUGGGCUGCUCCCCAAAGCAGAAAUCCCACAGGCAGGUACAGCUGGGUCAGGAGUGCGGGCAGGGCCUGAAACUGAAAAGGGACACCUCUGGCCCCUACGAGUGUUCUGAGUGUGACAUCAGCUUCUGCUACAAGCAGCAGCUGGCUGCACAUCUGCGGAGCCACAUGGGGUGGGCGUCCUACCCUGAGGCAGAGCCUGAGGAAAGCCUCAGGCCCAGGCCACGGCUGAAGCCUCAGGCGAAGAGGGCCAGGUUGCACCAGUGUAACGUGUGCCAGAGGAGCUUCAGCUGCAGGGUGAGCCUGGUGACCCACCAGCGCUGCCACCUGCAGGAGGGGCCCAGCGCUGGCCCUCGAAUCCAGGAGAGGUUCUCGCCCAACAGCCUGGUGGCGCUGCCUGGCCACAUCCCCUGGCGGAAGAGCCGGAGCUCCCUCAUCUGUGGCUACUGCGGCAAGAGCUUUAGCCACCCAUCUGACCUAGUGCGGCACCAGCGAAUCCACACGGGCGAGCGGCCCUACAGCUGCCCUGAGUGUGACAAGAGCUUCGUCCAGAAGCAGCACCUGCUGCAGCACCAGAAGAUCCACCAGCGGGAGCGUGGUGGGCCGGGCCCUGAGCCUGGGAGGCCGAAUGGCCUGCUGUAGGGUGCAGCCCCUCGCCGUUGGGGGCGGAGGGGGGCAGCAUCAGUGCCCCCGAAACUACCAUUCUAGCCAGGGAUUGACUGCUUCUGGUCUGCCUUCCCUUGCCUGAGCACCAGGCUGAGCCCCAGGCUGUCCUGAUACCAUGUGGAAAAGCAGGAGCCAGUGCUCCCUCUCCUGAGUCUUGGCUCACUGCUGGUUCUGCUGGCUCUGGCCCCUUGGGUCUCUGGUUUUCUGAUCCUCUGAUACUCAGGGUUGGGUUGGCUGCUAAGCCACAGGGCCAGGUGCCGGUGAGCAGCUGUAGGAUGAGGAUGAGUUCUGUGAAGGCUCUCCCUCCACGUCCCCUUUUGUAGUUUCUCUUAAUAACAAGUAGAAGGAAUAAUUUAAGUGAGCAGUUACUCCACUCUGAAGACUGUUUUUUUGGAGUUAGGUUCUAGUUGAUUUAAAAAAUAUAAUGCAACAGUUGUUUUUAAAGUUUGGAGAGUCGUAGGAGUUGUUCCUAACUUGGGGACUGGGCCUGCCCUCUAGGAGGGAGUAGUUUAUGGGGCUUUUAGCCCACCCACACAUACUAAGAUCAGGGAGCAGAGACACACCCAGGCUCUCAGCCCUGAUACAGAUUGUCUCUGGAGGACAGAGAGAGAGAGAGAGGGAGUUGGAGGGGGACCUGAAGCCACUGCUGAAGAAAGAAAGGUUUCUGAGAAGGAGCCUGGUGCAGUUCUGGUUCUGGACAAGUUUAUGCCACACAAGGCCCUUCUCCCAGCUCCACUGAACCAUUUCUGCAGCCUCCAGGGGUAGGAGACUUACUGGUCACCUGAGAUCAUUCUGCUUGUACCAGAGGUUGACUUUGUUCCUGUUGUACCCAUCACUUCUUGAGGUGGUUCAGUCACACUUUGUAAAUCCUGCCCCAGCAAGGAUGGAGAUGCAGCAGUCACGGGGUCAGGAGUGCCCCACUGUUGGGAGCUGGGCGGCAGCUCAUAGGCCAGAUGUGAACCUCCCCUUGAAUGAUCUACAGUUGCCUAGAAUAAAACUUACUAGCAAAAA